AUGCCCUCAAUUAUUUGUGAGACUCAGACAGCUUUUAUAGGUGGAAGAAAUAUCAUUGAUAGGGUGUUUAUUGCAAAUGAAGUAGCUGAUGAUUGGAAGAAAGCCAAACGGCAAGGGCUAAUUAUCAAGUUGGACUUUGAGAAAGCCUUUGAUUCAGUGAACAAGGAAUUCUUGUUCUCCAUGUUGUCCAGUUUUGGUUUUGGGUCUAAAUGGAUCUCUUGGAUGAAAGCCUGGCUUAAUAUUCUUCUUACCAGAGCAAUUAAUAUUGGCAUACUUAAAGGAGUUUUGGUUGGAGCUAAUAAGCUCAUUUUAUCUCAUUUCCAAUUUGAUGACGACUCUAUUCUUUUCUGUGAAGCAAAUUUGGAUCAAGUGGUUAUUAUCAAAAGAAUCCUUAGAUGCUUUGAAGUUCUAUCCGGGUUGCCUUUAGGUGCCAACCCAGGUAGGAAAUCAACUUGGAAACCUGUGCUUGACAAUCUUUCUCUCUUUAGGAUGCCUGAAGGUGUGGCUCGUAACUUUGAGAAAAUUGAGGCUGCUUUCCUGUGGGGUGGUAUUGAAUUAAAAAGGAAUGUUCAUUUGGUGAAAUGGUUAAAAGUAACAAAGAGUGUUCCCCAAGGGAGUCUGGGCAUCAGGAGGAUUAGGGAUGUCAAUACUUGUCUGCUUCUCAAAUGGGUGUGGAAGGACAUUACAUUCAUACGGGUUCAGAGUAGGAACAUAUUCAACUACUUCUUGGAUAAUUGCCUAAUCAAGGUGGGAGAUUGCCGCAAAAUCAAAUUUUGGCAUGAUAAGUGGUGUGGAGUCACUUCCCUUAAAGAUGUGUUCCCUUCUCUAUUCACUCUCUCUUCUGUCAAGUCUGGUUCCCUUUACUUUUUUUAUGCAACGAAAACUAGCUUUAAUAAUUGGAACUUCCUAGAUAUAAGAGCUUUAUAUGCUUGGGAAUUGGCUGUUAAAGUUAGACUACUUGCCUUGUUAUUCUCUGCUCCUACAUUAAGUCUUGAGUGUGUUGACAGUCUUUUAGCUUGGGCUGCUGCAGUUGCUGGUUCUAGUAUCUUCUCUAUGUCUUCAUUAUACUCCUUUAGCACAUCUCUUCUUGGGCCUUCUCUCAGCAUGUGCAAGUUUAUAUGGAAUCACACCUUACUCCCCAAAAUCCACUUUUUUGGUUGGUUGGCCUAG